GUGCAUUCUGGGUCGAUCGGCUGUUAUGGUCAAAAGCAAGCGUCAUUUCUAAAGAUUUAUACCUCAGUAAAACGUACGUCGUUAGAAUUUUUCUUUGGAAAUCCGACAAAUUACCAUUUUUAAACCAGCUCUUAUAGUAAAUCCCACGAGUGGCUUAGAUUUUCCCCACUUGAAUGACAAAUCAAUGAGGAAGCUACGUUGCUAACGAUGCUAGCCUCCCAGUCCCGAAUCGUUUGCAACCGUUCAGAAAUAACCUUGUCGUUCGGGCGUCCUGUGACUGCCAUAUGACUAAUACCGACAAUAUAUGAAAAGUAUGACAGGUAUUUGCCAUGUCCCGAAGUUUAACAGCAAAAACUAGGGCGGCCUUUGUUUCCCAGCGUAACGCUACAAUCGACUGACUGCCCGGACUAAUCAAUACGCGUCAUUGAAAUGGAUCCGAGUGUCAAAUCUCCUGCCAGCGACGACAUUGUCAUCAUCGUGGAGAACGAGGCGGAGAGUUUGCCCCUUGGGGAAGAGAGGCCGAAGCCGCAAGGCGCCUUCGGGCUCAUGGACACAUGCCCCAUCUGUAAGUUGAGCUUUCAUAACCGAGAGCCCAAACUGCUCCCUUGCCUUCACUCGUUCUGCAAGCGAUGCCUGCCAGCGCCGUUCAGGGGAGUCGAACCCAGGAGGGACCACUCCCUCCACCCCCUCGGCCAUGUGGAAAACAACAAGCAAUUGGGGACCAUCCGCUGUCCAGUAUGCCGCCAGGAAUGCUGGGAAAUGGACAUGUUGGACAACUUCUUUGUCAAGGACUCGGCCGAGGUGCCGAGUAGCACCAUGGAGAAAAACAGCCAGGUGUGUAUGAGCUGUGACGACAACACGGAGGCGACGGGUUACUGUUUGGAGUGCGUGGAGUUCUUGUGUGUGACCUGUAUCGAGGCGCACCAGAGGGUCAAAUUCACCAGGGAUCACACCAUACGGCAGAAGAAAGAAAUGUCUCCAGAAGCGGUGGCUGUUUCCUCGCUGAAGCCCGUGUUUUGUGACAUCCAUAAGCAGGAGCCGCUGAAGCUUUUUUGCGAGACGUGCGAUCGUCUCACCUGUCGCGACUGCCAGCUGCUAAAACACAAAGAUCACAACUAUCAGUUUUUGGAGGAUGCGUACAGGAACCACAGACAGUAUCUGGAGAACAUGACGCAGCAGCUGCAAGAAAAAAGGAAGGCCGUUGAGGAGGUCUCCAACUGCAUCAGCAACGGACUGCAUCAGGUUGAAGAAAACCGAAAGUCUGUCACCAAUGAAAUUAAGAAGGCCAUUUGCAACCUGAUUAUGGAGAUCAACCGGAAGGGAAAAGUCCUUGCCAACCAGCUGGAGACUCUGACGAAAGAUCACGAGCUGGGCCUGAAAAAGCAGCAGGAUGAAGUCAACUCGCUGCGGCGGCAACUCGACCACGUGAUCAGCUUCACCAAGUGGGCCACGGCGAGCCACAGCGGCACGGCGCUCCUCUACUGCAAGAGACUGAUUCUGUUCCAGAUCCACUACCUAAUGGGCGCCAGAUGCAAUCCCUCCAUCAUCCCUCAGAGCUCCGUCCGCUUCCAGUGUCGCUCGGGCUUCUGGGCCACCAACGUCGACCUUGGUUCUCUGGUGGUUGAAAGAAGCUCCGUUCAGGCGUCCAUGCCCAACCAAGGAGGUGCCAGAGGAGAGCCGGCGAGCGGGGGGCUCUCGUUAUCCGCGCAGCAGCGCCAGAGUACGCUGGCCCAGCUGCAGAUGCAGGUUGACAAAAUUUCCCAGCAGCCCCACAGGCAGGCCGCGUCCAACCAUUGGUCCUGGUACCAGAAUAGCCGACUCCCCCCCGGGCCCCACGGACCCCCUCCCGGUCCCCCGCCUCCGACGCGACCCAUCCAGGGCGGCUCCUCCCCAUCGCAGGUCCACGGCGGCUUGCCGCAGAUGGGACGCCGAUACGGCACCGCCCAUGGCAACACCAGGAGUCCCAACUCCUCGCUGCUGCAGAACACCGGCUUCCCGUCUCCUCAGGGCGUGUUUCGCUACCCGCAUCCUGUGUCCACUGGAGGGGCCUCGCAAGUACCGCCCAUCCAGCGGAACCUGGCCGAGCUCUCCUACCUGAAGAGGAGCGAAGGCUGCGGCGCGGUCCCGUCGUCCCUUAGCAUCGCUCUUGCGAGAAGCCUAGCGACAAGCGCUGACAAACUGGCUCAAGGAAGGCACAACUCGCCCACGGUCAAACCGUCGUCGUCGGAGCGAAGCGGCGGGCCGCCAGCGUCCUGGAAGCCGAGUAGCGAGCCGUCGUCCGCCCCCGCCGCCAAGCGACGGAGAAGGUCGUCCCCCGGGCCCGUCAUCGUCAUCAAGGACGAACCGGAGGAAGAGGAUGAAGUUCGUUUUGUGCAGUCCAGCCUUCCCGACAGCAGCACGGGGGCCUGCCCGGCGCUGCAGCUCAAGAUCGGCCCGCCUUUCUCCACCCGCCCAAUGGACUCCUCGGCGCAGGCGAGCAAGCCGCGCCCUCCGCCCGGCGCGCAGCCGCAGUCGGAGAAGAGCGCGGCGGCGGCGGCGGAGGACGACCCCAACGAGGACUGGUGCGCCGUGUGCCAGAACGGAGGCGAGCUGCUGUGCUGCGACAAGUGUCCCAAAGUUUUCCACCUGUCCUGCCACAUCCCCUUGCUCAAUGAGUCGCCCAGUGGCGAGUGGUUCUGCUCCUUCUGCCGAGACCUGGUCUCACCCGAGAUGCAGUACGAAUGCGACAAGCAGGACACGCAGGCGCCGGAAAGACUGCCACCUGUUGACCAAAGGGCAUGCGAGCGGCUGCUCCUCCUCCUCUUCUGUAACGACUUCAGCGCCCAUUUCCAGCACGCCUCCGAGUCCAAAAAAUACAAAGAGGUGAUCACAAACCCGGUGGAUUUAUCCCUCGUGAAGAGGAAGCUGGAGGGGAAGGCGAGCAACGACAAACGUUACCUCACCCCCGAGGAGUUUGUCGCAGACGUGAGGCUCAUAUUCAUGAACUGUGCCAAGUUCUACAAGGCGACCACAGAGGUGGGCAGCGCCGGCUUGUACUUGGAGGACUACUUUGAGGAGCAGCUGAGGCAGGUCUACCCCGACAAGAUCUUCCCCGGCGAAAGGGAAGAAGGCAUGAUCCCGCCGCUGGAGGACGAGAUCGACGACGACGACGACGAACAGCAGCAGAAAGGGCCGGAAGAGCAAAGCGCCACCCCCCCGCAGGACGACAAAACAGCCGUUCCCGGCGAGAACCCGGCCCCACCCGCGGAGGACGACGCGCCCCCGCCGGGGGAAUCCGCCGGAGACGAGCGAACAACGAAGGAACAGGCGACCGGCACGAGCGAGACGUCAACCGACGCAAAGGUGGCGACUGAAAACGGAGGAGAGCCUCCGCCCGAGGACAAAGUCAAGCAGGAGGACGAAGCGGCCCCUCCCGCUGAGGUCAAAACCUCCCAAGCCGUGGACCAGGCCACCGUCGGCUCCCCGAAAGAGGAUCGGACCCACCCGACUAACGAACAGACAACUGACAUUACAAAAAGCCAGGAGAGCACAGAGGAAAUGCCCCCCAACGAAGAAACGCAGGACCAAGCAGCAGUUGAGACGCAUUGCGCCAGUGAGGAAGCGGAGAAAAAAGACGGCUGAUGGCGUCUCCCCUUUUUUUUCGCAAUGGGAACCUUUGAGCACCGCUCGACUGAGCGCUCCUUAUUUAAUAUGCGCCGGAGUCUCAUGGUCAAGAUGCAUGACGCAGUCCUUUUUCCAUUUCUGGCUCACGUUACUUUGUUCUUGCGCAAUCGGAUUUGUUCUUCUAUCCGUAAUGUAUUCACGGCUCGAUACGCGAUGAGCCGCUGUGGCUUCUGUACAGAUGCAAGUGUUGUCAAUUUAAAGAAUCCCUUUUCAUGG